CCCCAAACAAGCUGCCCGCCCUGCCCACUUUGUGCCAGAAGCUCAAUCCGACCUCGACCGUCCGCGACCUUCGACUUUCGACUCCAUGGCAAACUCGACCAACACGAUAUAGCGCGCACGAUUCAAUCGACUUUCCUUCUCUUUAUUUCGUUUCUGGCCGGCUGUUUUCCAGCAUUGAUUGUUCGUGUCGCCCGAGUAAACAAACGCCAAAAAUGGCGAUGCGAGGAGGCCCGCGCCUCCAGGUCGGGUCCGCGGCCUGGGCGGCAGAAGAGAGGAGUGCUGCACUGGGGAUUGCCGAGUCCGAGAUCGGGGAGUUCUCCUUUGCUGCCCGCAAUGAAAUGGACUGGCUGAACGAGCACAUGACCGAAAUCUUCUCCGAAAACCAAGUGCACGUUACUGAGCUAUUCAAGACUCCAGGGAAGCUACGCGGCAGGACACCGCGAACAGCGAGAAAGGCAAAUCCCGAAGAAUUGCGAGUGCCCUUGUCUGACGUAUUCUCUACGACGCCAAAAGGAGCGCCAAAUCUUUUCGCGCUCGCCCAUACCAACCAGGCACGGACUCCUAAGAUCAAGGUGGCUGAAGAUAGGCCCAAACCUUCGGUUUCCCGACCAACUAGCCCGGCGAAAACAACCGUUGCCGCCGCGCUUCCCCCGGCACCUGUCUCGACAGCACUCGCAGAUUCUGGCUAUCAUGGCAGCCAGUCUCAUGAUACCGUGGAUUUUGACCCGAUUGAGCCAGAGGAUGUGCAUUUGACUCCGCAUCAAAGCCCUGUUCGGGGCGUAGAAACAACAGACUUGGCCAUAUUUUCGGCUCCCAGAGUCCAAGCUGAGCGACCAAGCCCAGCAACUGCCUCGCCAGAGGAAACAUUCCAGUCAGCAAAGGAAGACCAGACAACUCGCCAGGUUACUGCAUAUGUCACAGCCAAAGUUGCAACCGCCCCCUCACCAAUCCUUGGCGAGGCAUCGAGUCUUGUUGCUACCCGGGCUCAUUCUCCUAUCAUGUCUCCGCAGUCGCCCUCGCCGCAGAAGAUGACAUCUCCUACAAAGUCCUCACCCCAUAAGUCAUCCCCGCUAAAACCGGCGCAAACUGGAUUCCCCAAGCCUGUUGACGACUUGAACGACGAAGAUGAUGAGGCCAGGUCGCCAUCGGAUGGUUCUAGUCCCAUCAGGCCGAUUGUGCGCAAGAGCAGCUUGAACUUUGCAUCAUUACCAGCUCGUGAGCCUCUGACAUCGAACAAGAGCCUCGGGGGGAAUCGCAUUUCCAGGACCAGCCACCUAGACCUGUCGCGACCCAGCUACUUCAAUAGGCCGACUGGAGGGAAAAGCCUGGGCAACACCAUUGGCCAGGACACCAUCCAAGAUGACCAUGACGAAAUGGAUGCCGACGAGGAAACAACGAUUCAACCGGACAAGAUUGACCCAAAGGUUGCUACACAUAACAAGACAUAUACACAGCGGUUGCAGGACCAAAUAAGCAUGCUAGGAAAGAACCAGUCAAUUGGUCCGAGGCCCUCAAAAUCCAUGGCGCACCUACCACCUACACAGCAAGCCCCAACGACAGUUGCGUCAUCGUCACAGCCACUGCAGACGCAGACAUUGGAAGGCAAGAGGGCUUCGUCUCCAAAACCUACGCAAUCAACAGUUGCGUCAGGUGCUUUCCCAGAGGAUGACGACGAUGACUGGAUUGAACCUCCCAGCAAGGCACCUGCAGUCGCGGCCAGCCAUUGGCCCGAGCUCCCCAAGAGCCACUCCACGGACAUCAUGGAGGAUGUGGUUGGGAAGACUACGGUGAGCGGCUCCGAAUUCACGAUCCCCAAGAGCAGGCCUGGUUCACCGGGCAAAGCCCCCGUCAUCCCUGAGCGGACAGCUGGCGCCGCCACGCACCACAAAUCUGUCUCUGUGCCUUAUCUACCAAAUAUGGAUCCUUUCACCACGACCGGCGAGGCUGUUAGCCCAAAGAAGGGAAUCUCUGUAUCGAACCCCAGUCUCGCUACUGUGUCUGAGGAUGGCAGUGCUGCUACACCCUCCAAAUCACCUUCGCGAGGUUUCCGGGAUAGUCCGCUGAAACAAGUCAAGAACAAGUUGUCAUCGAUUCUCGGGCGCUCUAAGGUAUUACUAGCUAGUAGUGCGGCUAUUAGCGCGGAGGGUAAGACUUCGUUAUUGUCUCCUUCGACUUCCCGGUUAGGCUAUUUCAAUGGCCCAUCAGUGGAAUCUUUCAUGACGGCAGAAAAUGUUCUCUACCCUGACCUCUCUCAGCACGGAGCAUCGACCUCCCGGCCAGUAAGCCCAGCGCGAACCAACAGCACCAGGCGAACCAGGGCCUCAUCCGAGAGGGAAAAGAAGGAGGCAAAGGAGCGGGAGAAAGAGGCAAAGGAAAAAGAAAAGGAGAUCAAGGAGGCAAAGCGACAUGCCGAGCAGAUGGAGAAGCUUGAGAAGGCGCGCGAGAAAGAGCGAGAGAAAGCUCGGGUCUUCAGCAAAGAGAAAGAGCGCGUCAUCUCGAUGGAGAAGCAGGUUGUUGAGCAAAAGGAGCCGGAGAAGGCACCCCAGCCUCCAGCCCAAGCCUUUAAAACUCCGGGGCCUGCACCUAAGAGCGCGCCUCAUAGCCCACCCAAGGCUACAAGGACAAGCCCUCGCAAGCCAAAGGGCCAAGCAGACGGGGAUACUGCCACCGCCGACUUCCUAUCGGAUGAUGGCGAUGUUGAGAUGGUCGAUGUUCCGAACACCAUGCCACCCCCGUCGAUCCCUCGCUCUGCCGUGGCUUCCGCGACGCGGGGCCAAAUAUUGAAGAGGCCGACGAAGCCCUCAAAGGAGAACAUUGGCAAGUCGAGGCAGGCACCAACUGUCAUCCGAGUCAACACCAACAGCUCCCAACAGUCGCACUUCCACCCCCCGAAUAGCGUCCUUGCCGCGACGUUGCAGGAGACCCUAGGACAGCAAAAGCCGCAAGCCCCCCCUAGACAGCUUACCAGCAAGGCGAGCGCAACUGGCUCCCUCCGCGCCAAAUCUUCUUUCCAAAACCUGAACAGCUCUGUGUCGUCUGCUGGGCGGCCCAAGGCCUUGGAUAUGGCAGCCAAACGCAAGGAACAAGAGGACCGCGAGGCACAGCGGAAGCGUGAGGCAAAGCUAGAAAUGGAGCGCAAGCGCACUGCCCAAGAAGAAGAACGAAGGCAGGAAGAGCAGCGGAGAGUAGAGGCGGAGCGACAGAAGGCCGAGGAUCGAAAGCAGGCCACCAAGCGAGCUGCGAUCGAGAAGGCCAAGCAGACGAAGGCGCCUCCCCCGGCGUCUAGAACGCAGCCAAAUGGUCCCCCUGAAUACAACAUGGCCGAUAAGGGACCAUCACGACCUGUCUCGAGGCUGGGCUCGACAAUGCACCAGGAUAAUCGUCUUGUUAACACUGUCUUAUCCAACACCGGGAAGGCAGCCUCGAAGCGCCCAUUGCCACAAGACCCGAGCGAGGAUAACUCUCGGCCCCAGCCACAGCCACAGCGGAACUUGGUUUCAUACCAAUCAAAGGAGUCGAAGCGCAUGCGCAUGAGCGAGGAGUUCGACGAGGACAUCGACACGGCGGACAGCCAGCGAAACAUCAAAGGGCCACCUGUCAGGCCACCUGGGGCCUUUAAGAAGGUAAUAGACCAAAGUGUGCUCUCGAUGUCGGGCCCUGCUAACCCAAAGACGCAGGAAUUGCCAAGCAAGUCGAUGCUCAGCAAUGGUUAUACGCCUGCUCCGCCCCAGAGCGUCGCUAGAGACCUUUUCAAGGCGACGGUCACGGAGCAGCACAACCGGACCAAGGCGAUGCACCCGCUUGACAUGGCGCAGGUGUCCAAGGCGGAUAUUGUUUUCGCACCGAACUCAAACGCAGCUGGGCAGGCACACAAGACGCCAGCCCGACCGGCAAAUGCCAAGGCGGGUGCAAAGUCUGCAGCCCGGUCAUCGCCACGCUUCCCGAACCCGGACGGGAUCGAGCUGCCCGAGAUACAAACUGACGAUGAGGACGACGAGGACGAUGGACAGUUCGCCGUGGCAGCCUGGGCUGACUCCCCGGCGCUCAGGCGGGCGCUUGCAGAGCAAGAGCGGGUGGAUCCGAUGCAGAUAUUUGGGCCACCAGCUCCUCUGAACAUGGAGGAGGUGUUCACUAAGAGCAAAGACCGAUGGCACAAGUUCCGUGCGCGCACCAGCAGCGCGAACUGGAGCGGCUCGGACCGGCUUACCGAGGAAGACAUUAGGAAGGACUUGCAGGCGCGGGAUAAGAUACGCCGCCAGGGAGGCUGGUCGUACGAGCUUGGCCGCGAGAUUCAAUAGGGGGCUGCUGCGCCUGGCUUGGGUCGCAGUUGGGAGCCCGGAAAUCACGUUAUGUGGGCUGUGUAACAGGUACUUUUGGGCGUUUGGGAGGUAUAUCUUUGUUGUUCGAUCUUUCUUAUCACUGGGAAGGCGUCAAGGGUCUCUCGGUCAAGGACUGCGAGACAAAUUGAGAUUGGCUGGCUAGUCGCCCAUGAACAGAGGAAGGGUUUUCUGCUUCAGGUAGCAGUCCAUAUCUCUUAGGUAUGAACAUAGAUGUCGCAGGCAGAGAUUAUAGCGUCCGAGACGGCUGGCCAGAUUGGAGUAUUUACCUGCAUGGCUGCAUGGCAUAAAGUAAUUGAUUUUUUCCACU